AUGUCAACUUCUAUUACAGUUCUGACGUAUAAUUUAUGGGGAAUAUUUAACUCCAAACACCGUAAAGAGCGUAUGGCCCAUUUUGCCACUAAAGUGGCGCAGUAUGAUGUCAUUCUCCUGCAAGAACUUUUCUCUCUAUCCGAUUAUGAACUAAUCAUGCAAAGUCUCCCAGAGGAAAUACGGGCCACGCGGUAUAUUAAACGUUUUCCUACUGCCUUCUAUGGAUCUGGUGUUGCCGUGAUCUCACGCUUUCCCAUCAGUUCUGCAAUUUUCUUUACAUUUCCAUUACAAGGUUUUCCAGAGCGUGUUCUUCAUGGGGAUUAUUAUGCCAAUAAAGGAGCCGCAUUGGUUCGUGUGAAUGUUCCCUGUGGAAUAGGGAAAGAUAAAGGAUCCACAGAAGGAUCUCAUGACUUAAUGUAUAAGGAGGUUUCAUUUUAUUCUACACAUCUUGUUGCGAUGUAUCAAAAAACUGCCCGUUUGCGGGAUUGGCGACAUGAAUUGUAUUUACCGAUUCGAUUAAGCCAGGCAGUAUCAUUUGCCAAUUUUAUUGCAGAGACAUCAAGACCAGAUGAAUGUGUUGUUAUUGGAGGUGAUUUUAACGCCACACAACGUUCAUUGGAAAUACAAACAAUGAUGAUUUUACUUCGUCAACGUGGAUUUCAUUUUCGUCCUGUACUUCCAUCUGUAAAUGGACACAAUGCAUGUAUGCAAGGUAAAGAACGGUCUGCACAUGCAUCCAUGUUAACGUUUUCAGAUGCAAAUAUGUUUAAUACCACUGCAGAAGGAUGGUUGGUACAAGGUGGGGAUGUACCUUGUCAGAUUGAUCAUAUUUUCUAUACAAGUAAUACAUUAUCUCUUUGUUUAUAUGAUGAUUGUCCAAAUGCCGCACCAGGCUAUCCAUUUACUUUACAAGAAGAAGAUGAUAAAGAAGUUCCUAUUGGAGUUGUUGUAUUCACUCAAAAUGAUGAAGUUCAACUUCCACCUGAAAAAGGAUAUCUUGCACGUUUUGCAGAUUGGCUUCGUAGUAAAGGGAACUCAACAUCAUGUCAUACGGCUAUUAACAUGGCAAACUUGAUAUCACCUGAAGUAAAAGAAACAAAAACAACAACAACAAAGUCUGUAGAAAAGAAAAAGCAAGCUUGUGCUCUUUCUGAUCAUUAUGGUGUGGCAGCCCGUCUGCAAUUUUCAUUGGAAUCAUCUGAUACAGAUGAGAUGAAAAAAGAAGCAACUUCUUCUGUGGAAUUAACAGAGGAAGAGUUAGCAGUUUUGCGUGAGGCCACCAAAUAUCUUGGAGACUCUGUAAAGCUUAUGCAAUAUGAAAGUAAAGUAUGUGUAUACAUUGGAUUUGCUUCCCUUGCUUUUGUGGUUGGGAAUAUUCUCCUUUCCAUGUAUAAACAAACUCAACGAGCACGACAAACAGAAUUAUUACUGGAGCGACUUGUCACUUUAGCCACACUUCCCACUACUCCAUUACGGAACGAAAUGUUAGAAUUGGAAUCUGGAGAUUUUUCUUCUGUUCUUAAGCAAUGGAUACAAAAAGUGGUUUCUAUGCGACCUUUCAGUACUUCUACUUCUACUGCCAGCGGUACUAAUAAUAUCCCAACAUUGAUGCAAAACGGCGAGAGUCGUGUGGAUUACGCGCAGGUCGCCUCCUUUAUUCACGGCCGUAGUCUCUGGCAGGCGUUCACACCACUCUUCACAGUUGUUGGGGCGGUUGGUGGCUUCGCUGCUCUCGUCACUGGACUGCUGCAGCGCGAUGCCGACGCGAAGGUGUUGUCUGGACAAGUGCAGACACUAAGGCGUGCCGUGUCGGCCUCUGGUGAGGGAAAAGAUAAGGAAGAAGAGGGGGGAAAUGUACGGGAGGUAGAGAAGGAGUAA